CAAGCAGGCCACGGCCUGGCCUGGGGAGGGAGCAUGAAGCCAUCGGAGUCCCUGAGGCGUGGGGGCGAACAAAGCUGGUGGGGUAGUGCCCCCCAGUACCAGUACAUGGCCUUCGAGCACUGCACCAGCUACGGACUGCCCUCCGAGAACGGGGGCCUCCAGCACAGGCUCCGGAGGGAUGCAGGCCCCCAUCCCAACACCCACCAGACACAGAUGUAUGGCCAUCACAAAGAGCAAUUCUCAGACAAGGAGCAGGACAUGGGGUUGCUCAAGAAGACGGGCUCCAGUGCUACCAUGGACAGCAAGGACGAGGACCACUAUUCCAAGUGUCAAGAUUGUAUCUGCCGCCUGGGACGCGUGGUAAGAAGAAAAUUAGGGGAAGACUGGAUCUUUCUGGUGCUUCUGGGACUUCUCAUGGCUCUGGUUAGCUGGAGCAUGGAUUAUGUCAGUGCCAAAACCCUUCAGGCCUACAAGUGGACCUACUACCAGGUGCAGCCCAACCUGCCUCUGCAGUACCUCGUCUGGGUCGCCUUCCCACUUACUCUCAUCCUCUUCAGCGCCCUCUUCUGCCAGCUCAUCUCUCCCCAGGCCGUUGGCUCUGGGAUCCCUGAAAUGAAGACAAUACUCCGUGGGGUUAUCCUGAAGGAGUAUCUCACCCUCAAGGCCUUCGUCGCCAAGGUCGUGGCCCUGACUGCUGGGCUGGGCAGUGGCAUCCCUGUGGGGAAGGAGGGCCCUUUUGUCCACAUUGCCAGCAUCUGUGCUGCCGUGCUCAGCAAGUUUAUGUCUGUGUUCAGUGGGGUCUAUGAGCAGCCAUACUAUUACACGGACAUGCUGACGGUGGGUUGUGCUGUUGGAGUCGGCUGUUGCUUCGGGACGCCACUUGGAGGAGUGCUCUUCAGCAUCGAGGUCACCUCUACCUACUUUGCAGUGCACAACUACUGGCGAGGGUUCUUUGCGGCCACCUUCAGUGCCUUUGUUUUCCGCGUGCUGGCUGUGUGGAACAAGGACGCUGACACCAUCACUGCUCUCUUCAGAACCAGUUUCCGAAUGGAUUUCCCCUUUGACCUGAAGGAACUCCCAGCCUUUGCCGUCAUUGGGAUUUGCUGUGGGUUCCUGGGAGCUGUAUUUGUAUAUCUGCAUCGCCAAGUCAUGCUCGGCGUCCGAAAAAACAAGGCCCUCAGCCAGUUUCUUGCUAAGCACCGCCUGCUGUAUCCUGGAAUUGUCACCUUUGUCAUCGCCUCGUUUACCUUUCCACCAGGAAUGGGUCAAUUCAUGGCUGGAGAGCUGAUGCCUCGGGAAGCCAUCAGCACCCUCUUUGACAACAAUACGUGGGUAAAACACAUAGGUGACCCCGCAAGCCUGGGCCCGUCCGCUGUGUGGAUCCACCCCCAGGUCAACGUGGUCAUCAUCGUCUUCCUCUUCUUUAUCAUGAAGUUCUGGAUGUCCAUCGUGGCCACUACUAUGCCCAUACCCUGUGGAGGCUUCAUGCCUGUGUUUGUGCUAGGAGCUGCAUUUGGAAGGCUGGUAGGAGAGAUCAUGGCCAUAAUAUUUCCUGAGGGCAUCUUAUUUGAUGACAUCAUCUACAAGAUUCUACCUGGGGGCUAUGCAGUCAUUGGAGCAGCAGCGCUGACUGGCGCCGUGUCCCACACAGUCUCCACAGCUGUGAUUUGCUUCGAAUUAACGGGUCAGAUCGCUCACAUCCUACCCAUGAUGGUGGCUGUUAUCUUGGCCAACAUGGUGGCUCAGAGCCUGCAGCCCUCCCUCUAUGACAGCAUCAUCCAGGUCAAGAAGCUACCCUACUUGCCUGACCUUGGUUGGAACCAGCUCAGCAAAUUUACAAUCUUUGUUGAAGACAUCAUGGUCCGUGAUGUGAAGUUUGUUUCAGCGUCUUGCACGUAUGGGGAGUUGCAAGCCCUGCUCCAGACAACCACACUCAAGACUUUACCACUGGUUGAUUCAAAAGAUUCAAUGAUCCUGCUGGGCUCCGUGGAGCGGUCCGAGCUGCAGGCCCUCCUGCAGCGCCAUCUGUGUCCUGAGCGGAGGCUGAGGGAAGCCCAGGACCUGGCUAGGAAGCUGUCUGAGCUGCCUUACGACGGGAAGACGCGGCAGUCUGGGGAGGGGUGCCGCGGCUUCUCCGGGGGCCGGCCGGAGUCCUUCGCCUUUGUGGAUGAGGAUGAAGAGGAGGACCUCUCUGGGAAGCCCGAGAUGCCUCCUCUCCAUCCUCCUCACCCCCUUCCUACUGUUCCACUGCACCCCGAAGAGCCCAAUGGGCCCCUGCCCAGCCACAAACAGCAGCCAGAAGCCCCAGAGCCUGAAGUCUCAGGUCAAAGACCCUCCAUCUUUCGGUCUCUGCUACGCUGCUUGCUGGGCAAAACUCGCCCCACAAAGAAGAAAACGAGUCAGGAUUCAACGGCUUUAGUAGAUAACAUGUCACCUGAAGAGAUAGAGGCCUGGGAGCAGGAGCAGCUGAGCCAGCCUGUCUGUUUUGACUGCUGCUGUAUUGACCAGUCGCCUUUCCAGCUGGUGGAGCAGGCGUCCCUGCACCAGACUCACACGCUGUUCUCACUCCUGGGUCUCCACCUUGCCUACGUGACCAAUAUGGGGAAGCUCCGGGGGGUGCUGGCAUUGGAGGAGCUGCAGAAGGCCAUCGAGGGGCACACCAAGUCAGGGGUGCAGCUCCGCCCUCCCCUUGCCAGCUUCCGGAACACAACUUCAACUCGAAAGACUCCUGGGGGCCCGCUCCCUCCCACAGAGGCCUGGAGCCUGCCUGAGGAUGAAACUGGGGCCGCUGGGCCAGAGGGAGUGACCCCUGCCAUGCCAGAGACCCGCACGCCCUCCCCUUGCCCACAUACCCCUCUCCCCCUGGCUCCAGCCAAGGCGGAAGGUGAGCUGGAGGAGCUGGAGCUGGUGGAGAGUCCAGGGCUGGAAGAGGAGUUGGCUGACAUCCUGCAGGGCCCCAGUCUGCGAUCCACAGAUGAGGAGGAGGAAGAUGAAUUGAUCCUUUGACCACCUCCUGAGAGAUGGCAGUUGAGAGAGGCCCAGGCCAGAGAGUGCAAUUGUGUGGGAGAGGGUAUGUCCUAAAGUUGGAGAGAUCAUGCCAAUACCCUGGCCCCUCCCGGGAAUCUUAAAAUGUGACGGUGAUAGUCUUAGAGGAGGCGUGGGAAUCUGGGCAGAGAGUAGCUGUGGUGGAUUAAUUAGGCCAUUCCUCCCCCUUCCCAGACAUCCCAGUGAAGGGUCCCUGAUACUCCAUGGGGCUCCCGAGUUUUCCUGAUGUGUGGUUGGGGAACUCCCUGCCUCUCUGCGCCUCCCCUCACUCCCCCACACGCCCUAGUGUUCUGUCCCAGCAGCUUCCUGGUCUUGUCCAUUUGUCCUACCGUCUCCGCAGGGGGUGGGUAAAGGGAGACCCAGGACCACUUAGGCCCCGCAAGUGCCAUAUUGGAGGAAACGGGACCACCUCAUGGCCUCAUAGAUGACGGCCCCAGAACACACUUGCAAACCUCUUCUCUGAGUCCCCCACCACCCUGGUGGGCUCCCCUCUUGCCCACAUCCACUCUCCUAAAUUUGCCUCUAGACUCUAUCUGGCUCCCAUUAUCUGUCCCCAAGCCAGGGCCCUUACUAGGGCAAUGGAAGGCCAAUCCCAGUUCCCCUCCUUUGUCCCCCAUUUAACCAGUAAAAUGUGCAUAAAGAGACUGUGGGGGGAGCCGCUAGAAGAGCUUCCACACUUGGCAAGUCAGAACCUUAUCCUCCCCAAAUCAGCAACAGGGAGCCUGCCAUUAGCCUGCCUUUUCUGUAAGUGGCCCCAGGGGCUCCCAGCCUCCCGAAACCCUUG